AUAACCGAGUUUAUAUUCCAAUUUCAAACUUAUAGACCCUAUAACGCCAGCUACGAAGAAUUCGAGGAAUCAAAGUUCUUAGAGAAAGCUGUUCAAAACAGCAAUGGCCGAUCCACUAAGUUCCUCCUCAAACAAAAAAGCUUUCUUCGUCGUAGAUCUGUCUGGACAAAACUCCAAUCCUAUCAUUCCUUCUCAGUUUAUUGCGAAUCACAUCAAAGGAAAGACUCUGUCAACGAAACUGAAACUGACUUCGGUCGCUUCGGACAGAACUUGGGAAGUGGAAUUGGACGGCGGGAGAUUCGCCGCUGGAUGGAAAGAUUUCUCCGUCUUCCACGCUGUUCGUGAAGACGACGUUUUGAGUUUCAGGCACGACGGUGACUUGGUCUUCCACGUCACACCCUUCGGACGCAGUUUUUCUCAGAUACACUUAGUCUCUUCUUCUUCUACCUCUGGCUCUGACGAUGAGCACCGUACUUUUGAUGAUGAUGAUGAAGACGACAGUGUGGAUGUUGGAGAUGAUGAUGAUGAUGAUGAUGAUGACAAUUCGAUAUCAGAAGAGGAUUUAUAUUCAAAGAAAAGUUCGUCAAAGAAGAGAGCAAGAACUGAAACAGAGUAUAUAUCGGAAGAUUCUUAUCUUCUUGCGCACGUCACACCUUCAAGCCUUCUGAGAGAUACUUUGUGUCUUCUAAGCAAAUUUGCAAGGUCAAAUGGACUGGACAAGAGAGAGUGUGAGAUUGAUCUAAUGGAUGAACAUGGAAAAUCUUGGACUCUGCUUCUUAGACACAACAAAAAAACUGGUCAGGCUUUUAUGCGUGGAGGCUGGAGGAAGUUCUGCCGUAACAACGGAUUCAAAUCCGGAUCUUUAUGUCGGUUUAAGGUUGUCCAAAGCGGAACUAAACCUGUGCUACAGCUGUGUCCCAUCACUUCUACCAUUCCAGAAGGAAACUCUUCCAAAGCAAACAAAAAAGGGAAUGUUUCUGAAUGUGAAGGUGAUGAGAUUGAAACUGAGGAUUGCUCAGAGACAGUUCCAGUGCUUCAGAACAAGAUUCUGACGUUAGACCUUAAACCUUACGUGCUUAGGUCAAGUCAAUUUCGUGUUCCUGCAUUGUUAGCAAGAGAUAACGGGAUCCUAAAAGCAGGAGAGGUGACUGUACUGAACAAAGAUGGCGAAGAGUGGAAGUCGCAUCUAGUUAACGUCAAGGGGAGAGAUCAGUUUUACAUUAGAGGUUGUAAAGAGUUCUUUGUAGCCAAUGGCAUAAAGAACGUUGGUGAUCCCUUCACAUUGGAGGUUGUUAGAGGAGGAACAUCUCCUAUUCUCAAGAUCUGUUCCAAGGUGAAGCAAGUGUCGUUUGAUGGCCACAAGACUCUGGAGAGGAAACCACGAAUGACGGUUCCAGCACCACAUGCUGAAGACGAAACAGAGAACCGGGUCCAAAAGAAAGCUCGUGUUUGUACAGAAGAAGGACCAUCUCGCUGCACUAGGGCAUCAAACAAAUCAAGUACUGAUCCAGGAAAUUUGCAGCGCAAGCAACCACUUCAACCUUGCUCAAUCUCUGAUCACGUUAAAAAGGUGAGACAGAGUAUUGUGGAUACUUUAACCGAUGUAAGACGGUUUCGGUCGGAGCUCGAGAUCAAGGAACAAAAUCUACAAGCUUCGCUGCAUGAAAUUGAUGCGUUAGGGGAAAAGAUAAUGGGAAUCAGCCAAAUCUUCAACAUUAGUCAAGCUUAAGUCGAAAAUGGAGAUUAGAAAGUGGACCAGGUACUUUUGCUACGAGGGAGUUAAAUAUUGCAUGGCACAUUAUCUCAUUCACGUCUUCGUCGAAAUAAAGUUACUGACAUGUUUCAGUAUACAGAUAAAAAGUGAUGAAUGAAAACUUUUUUGUUUUGUUUUUGUUAAUCUUUCUUAGUUCUUACUCAAAAUUCGUCGCUUGUUAUAUAAUAUAUGGA